AUGACAUUAAGGGCCAGUCCCCGCGCGCAUCCUCCCAAGGUACCCAAAACCAGGCAUAUUGAUUUCCUCAAGGGCUGGCCAAACACGAGCCUCCUGCCGCUCCAUCAGCUGGAGCAGGCUUCGAAGCGUAUAUUAUCCGAUCCCGCCAACUCGGAUGUAUUGUUUUAUGGUCCAGACGAAGGCUACCAGCCGCUCAGGGGGGAAAUUGCCAAAUGGCUCAAUAAUUUCUACAGACCAAAGGAUAUAAUCUCAAGCGAGAGAAUAUGCAUUAGUGGCGGUGCCAGCCAGAAUCUAGCCUGCGUUUUGCAGACGUUCACUGACCCAGUCUAUACUCGCAAUGUCUGGAUGGUGGCACCGACUUAUUAUUUGGCUUGCAGGAUCUUCAACGACUCUGGUUUUGACAACAGGUUAAAGGCUGUACCCGAGGAUGCCGAAGGUAUCGACAUCGAAUACCUCCAGCGAGCCAUUCACGAGAGCGAGGCGCGCGCAAUGGCUGAAAACAAUUCAUCGCCCCGAUUCAAGUCGCCUAAGCCGUGGAGAAAGAUAUAUAAGCACGUCAUCUACGCAGUACCAACAUUCUCUAAUCCUUCAGGUCGAAUCAUGAGUCUUGAGCGUCGCCGAGCCCUUGUUCGUCUGGCACGGCACUACGACGCUCUCAUUGUCACUGACGACGUCUACGACAUGCUUCAGUGGCCCUCUGACCCCAAGGCGGGCUCACAUAGGAUGGAUACAGCCGUCCUGCCACGGAUAGUUGAUGUUGACCGAGAAUUGGAUGGCGGAGUAGUCGACGAAUAUGGGCAUGCGGUGAGUAAUGGGAGCUUUAGCAAAAUUAUUGGGCCCGGUUGUCGAACAGGGUGGGCUGAAGGGACUCCCGCGUUCGUCUAUGGGUUGUCACAAACGGGUUCAAGUCGCUCGGGAGGUGCGCCUUCCCAUCUGGCUGCUUCCUUCAUUUCCCAGAUGAUGUCCACUGGAGUUUUGCAAAACCACAUCCUACAGGAAUUGCAGCCAGCAUAUGCGCAACGAUACCAUUUGAUGAUGCGAGCAGUCGAGCAACACCUAUUACCAAUGGGCGUGACUGUGCCUCAGGCGGAUAAGGAUGUUGCUGGAGGCUACUUCAUCUGGUUGACCCUGCCUGCCCAUUUGGAUUCGACGCUCAUCUACAAACGAGCGUUGGAAGAAGCGAACUUGACUGUAAUUGCGGGACCUAUGUUCAAGGUGGACGGAGAUGGAAAAAUCAAGGAAGCGCGGUUUGAACAGGAUCUCCGUUUGUGCUAUGCCUGGGAAGACUUGGAUGUAAUCGAGGAGGGUAUCGUUCGAUUGGCCGGGGUGAUUGAAACCGAGUUAGAAGCAAUGAGGUCUGGUAGAGGAUGA